AUGAAGCUCACAAUUUUUCUCUUGUUUCUCCUUGGUGGCUUAAUAGCUCUUGUAUCUGCAUUCAGUUUUCCUGAUAUUUCACAAUGUCCACCGCUGCCACAGCGCCCACCACCAGAGAGUGUUCAUGACUUGAGACCAGAUGAUAUUAAAGUCAUUGCUGCAAUGGGUGACAGCAUCACGGCUGGGCUUGCAGCUAUCAAUGUCAAAACAGAGUAUGUCAGUCCAGAGCAGUUUGUAGAGUUUAGGGGCAAAGGCUUUAUAAUGGGAGGGGAUCCUGACAGUAACAGUAUUGCGAACUAUAUAAAGCAUUAUAAUCAAGAAUUGGUGGGUGCCUCUGUUGGCUCCAACAAAGCAAGAUAUUGCAAAACACAGACAGGCUCAACUAGCUCAGGAUUAGGUGACCAAGUACAAUAUUUGCUCAAAUAUAUUGGUCCUAAUACUCCAUUGGCACACGAAUGGAAGAUGAUACAUCUUUACAUUGGAUAUAACGAUAUAUCAGCACAUUGUUUACCUGGAAUGACACCGGUCAACUAUGGAAGAAAUGUUUACAAUAAUCUCAAGACACUAAUCAGUAAUGUGGAUAAAGCAUUUAUCAAUAUAUUAUCGGUUCAGCACUUUAAUGAGCUUAUACAAAUUCCACCAAAGCAUCCAGGAUACGUAAAACAAUUUGCUGAUAAAAGCAUUAAUGUGCACGAUCAUGAAUGUAUAUGUUGUUCUAAUGGGGGCCUCGAACGUAUGGGAAAACAGGUUGAUAUGUACAAUGAGCAACUGAAGGAAGUUGUAGCAAGGCUAAACCGAGAGUUAGCUGGAACUAUCAUUGAAGAUCUUCUUGGUAUUAAGCGACAAAAGGACGUGGCAAUAGUUUAUCAGCCACUGGAUACAUAUAGUGUAACUGUACCUGUGGAUUCUAUAAGUAACUUGGAUGGAUUUCAUCCAAAUAUCAAGACAUAUAAAUUCGCAUCAAGGUUACUAUGGAGACAAUUAUUUACGAAAAAGCAAGACAAAGUCCUUAUUAGUCAAUUUGAUGAAAACAUGCCAGUCUACUGUCCGACAGCCGAAGAUAGACUUCAGACAUAA